CCAACUCUAGAAGCCUACGCAUUCAGUUUUGCAUGAAAAGAGAUAAAAACCCUAAGUGUUCUUUUGUAUUUUAUUUAUAUACCGUUUCCACGUCAAAAAACCCUCUACUCAAGCAUGGCUUCCUCACAAGUCUCGAUCCGUACAGAAAAAUUCACUAUCAACUGCUUGUAUCUCCUUGGAUUUCUGGAUCUAAUGACUGUAAGCAUGGGUUUACCGCUUGCCGCUCGCAGAGCCCGUGAGUUAGGCGCUACUCCGUCAAUCGUUGGACUGAUAGGUUCAGUUUAUGGAGCGAUUCAGUUCUUCAGCAAUCCACUUGUGGGUAAAUUCAGCGAUGUUGCAGGACGGAAGAAAGUCCUUCUUGUGAGUCUCCUGGGGACUGGUGCUGCAUAUUUGUUACAUGGUCUGUCUGUAUCACUUAUAAUGCUGGCCCUUACAAGAAUUCCAAUUGGUCUAUUCAAACAAAGCCAAAGUUUGUGCAAAGCCUGUCUUGCGGACAUUACUGCCCCUGCUCAGCGCAUCUCUGUGUUUGGAAAAUUUAACGCGUUUUCAAGCCUCGGUUUUGUGGUCGGCCCUCUGAUUGGCGGUCACCUUGCGAUGACUGACAACGGCUUCUUUCGCGUGUUUCUAUUGGAGGGUAUUCUCUUUGUCGCCAUGACAAUCUUCACGUGGCUUUGCAUCGAGCAUGAUGAUCAACAGCAGAGUUCACCCAACAAAGAUGUCGGCACUGCGAGCGAGUCUUCCGAAUUUGACGGCGCAAGGAAUUCUGAAAUACAAACUAAAUCCGGACGAAAGCUUCAGGAAAAUCUUAAGAUUGCUAGUGACUUAAAACAACAACCAGAUAAACACGCUAAGAAGGGGUUCAUAGCUAAGUGGAUAUCCUACUUUCGCGUUGCUUCAUUCAGCAACGUUCUAGAUCUUCUCAUCGUCCGCUUUCUUAUGGGAUUCUCGAUGAUCAUUUUUAGAAGUAACUUCUCCACAGUGCUUGAAUUCCGUUAUAACACCACGCCCAAGACGAACGGGUACGUUAUGUCUUUUAAUGGAAUCGUUGGCGGUUUAUCCGGGUACUUCGUUGGCAAUUUACUUACAUUUUACAAUAACGAUGACGCAAAGGCUCUUCUACACUUCUCCUCCAUUCUAGCAAUUUCCAUCUUCUGCGUGACAUUCUCACCAGAGCUUUGGGUCCUCGUUGUGUUUAUCGCUCCCUUGGCGUUCUCUAGCGCCGUCUCUCGAGUGUGCUCCACUAACUUGACCCUCAAGCGGGGACGCGCGGAUGAGAAAGGUUUACUUCUCGGGGUCGGGAACUCGCUCAUGUCAUUCGCGCGCAUGCUCUCUCCGACCUUAGGGGGGCUCGCGCAGGAGUUGAGUGUUUACGCGCCCGGGAUGUUAUCGGUGAGCGUGUCAGCGGUUGGUAUAUUGCUAAUGGCGACGAGAAUUGUUGGAGCGGAAGCGAGCGAGGAGAAAAAGAAGGAUUAAGAUGGAGCGGAAAAUAAACUAAGAGUUGGGGACCAAGAAAAAUCAGGACAGCGUUGAUGGCGGGAAGGAAUACAAAAACCACAAAGGCUUAAAGUUGCGUAUCGUUUAUGAAAUGUUGGCCACAAAAUAUUCAGUUACCUGAAAGGUUUACGUAAUAAUAUCAUUUAAAGGGACUUGGGGGUAAUGUUAUUAAAUUUACUAAAUAGAAAGUAAAAUUUUGUAAUACUUGCAUUCUGUUUUUAAAACAAUUCUCAAAUCAA